CACCCCGAGCAGCCGCUCCGCCUCUCCUACAUCUAUGCCGAGCUCGCGCAGCACGGGCUCCUGCAGAGGAUGGAGUUGGUGCGAGCCCGUCUCGCGAGGCCCGAGGAGCUCUCAUCUGUGCACGCAGCUGGGUACGUGCACACCAUCUGCUCGUUGCCGGAGGAGCAGAAGGAGCUCGACGACAUCGCGUCCAAGAUGAACUCUGUCUACCUCUGCCCGCAGUCUCGGGAGUGUGCCCUGCUGGCUGCUGGGUCCGUGGUCGAGGCCACAAGGAUGGUCGCCUCCAACGCACUUGGAAGGGCGCUCUGUGCUGUCAGACCGCCAGGACAUCACGCGCUGCCCGCAUGUGCUAUGGGUUUCUGCAUCUUCGGCAACGUUGCUGUAGCGGCACGGGAAGCGAAGCUGAGGCAGUGGGCCAAGAGGAUCUUGAUCUUCGACUGGGAUGUGCAUCAUGGUAACGGGACACAGAAGAUGUUUCUUGAGGACUCGUCCGUCCUCUUCUUCUCCGUCCAUCGUCAUGACAGAGGCUCUUUCUAUCCGGGAGGCCCCGACGGCAGUUCGUCCUCCUGCGGCACUCGCGAGGGACAAGGCUUCACGGUCAACGUGGCUUGGCCUAAGCCUGGAGCAGGAGACGCCGAGUACCUCGCCGUCCUCGACCAGCUCCUCCUCCCGAUAGGAAGAGAAUUCCGCCCGGACCUUGUCCUCAUCAGCGCUGGGUUCGAUGCCGCGCAAGGUGACCCACUAGGUGGGUGCCAAGUGACACCGUCGUGCUACUACAAGAUGACGCAAGCUUGCAUGCAACUGGCAGGAGGGAAAGUCGUGCUCGUUCUGGAGGGGGGCUACAGUCUUAGAGCCACGAGCCAGUCGGUUGCCGCGUGCACCUGUGCCCUCCUUCAAACAGAU